AUGUCGUUCAAGACGCUCGUCGACAUGUGCUCGCACCUCCAAAACGCCUCCAAGGCGCGCCUCGGCCUCACCUCGUUCCGGUCCUCCAAAUCCAGCAUGCGCCUCGCCACCGCCCUCCACCGCGCCGGCUUUCUCUCCUCCGUGUACCGCGCGGGCCCCACGCCGCCGUCGGCCGAGGACAUGCUCACGCGGCCCAUGGAGCCCAUCACGACGGCCAACGUCGCGAGCCGCCGGCUGUGGCUGGGGCUCAAGUACUGGGACGGAAAACCCGUGCUGGGCGCGUGCCGCGCGCUGAGCACGCCGGCGCGGCGCGUCACCGUCCGGCCCGAGGAGCUGGCGCGCGUGGUGCGCGGGUUUCCGACCAAGCUGGACGCCGGCGUCAUGCAGGGGCUGACGCUGGGGGAGUGCUUGUUCUUGGACACGAGCGAGGGCGUGCUGGAGGCGAGGGAGGCGCUGGCGAAAAAGGUGGGCGGCACGAUGCUGUGCAGGGUGUCGUAG